GAGACCUGCACGGAACGCGGCUCCCAGUGGCUUCGCAGUUCGCUGAGGUCACAGAGGAGCCGGACGCUGAAGGGCGCAGUUACUGAUUCUAAACUUAUUUGGAGUCUUAAAAGAACCAGAAAUUCAGUGUGUUGGCGAGGAUACCCUUCCCCGUCUGCCUUUCGAAACAACGGAGACCUAACUUGGUGAUCCUGACUACCGAGCAGUGUGGAGAGUCGAUUACGUUACACCUAGAGAUCUCCAGUGGCGAAUCGGCUUCUCCCGAGACUUUUAAUAAGCAGUUCUAAGGGAGAGCGGAAACCUUAGACCCGCCAACUGCUCGGGGGAAGCAAGGGCGGGCAGAGAUCGCUGUCCAGGGCUCCGAGUCGGGGGCCCGACGGCCCCGCCCCGCCCAGGGCCGCCUCACUGCGCGUGCGCCCUGAACGUGGCCCGGAAGAAAAAAAGGCGGGAGCCACCAAUCCCCGGUGGCGCAAAAUGGCGCCGGGAGGUGAGAUGUUGGGGUUCACGCGCAUUUUCCGAGGUUGCCCUGGCCUCAGCACGGUUACGCACUCCAUUGUGCGACUUAAAUUCUUGAACCACGUGGGCCGGGACCACCUUGAACCUGAGGAGGAGCAGGCGUUGAAGUGGCUGGUAGAGGAAGAGCUGCUGAAGAUGCAGGCGGAUGCUGGUACUGGGGAAGGAAAGCUAGACUUUACCAAAGUGAAGAGGUCUCCUGCUCCCUGCAGUGACCCAGAGAGAAAAAGGUCCCGCUUCAGUUCAGAGUCAGACUCCAGCUCUACACCAUCCAGUCCAGACCGCUCAGGACCCCCAACAAAGAACAGCACAACCAAGAAGUCAUGUUCCAGGAGAGCCUCAAAGCAAGCAGUUGAGAGCACAGAUGAAGAGCAGCAAACAGACCUGGUUGCCAAGAUGGGAUUAGAGGAGAGCAGUGAGGAGGAAGGGGAGGGUCCUGUCAGAGCAAGUAAGGUCUGGAAGGGAGAGGACACUGAGGAAGAGGAUGCUGUGAAAAAAGCACAGAAGGGCAGGGCUAAAAAGCAAGCUGGGGCCAAGAACAAGCAGGCACCGAGCAGGGCCGCAGCCAGGAAGAAGCAGGUCAGGGGAGAAAGUGGAAGCGUCGAGGAAGAGGCUGUGCAGGGGAGAGGAAGCACGGGUGCUGAAGACAGCGACGAGGAGACCCUAGCCAAGAAGAGGGAGCGCUGGGAACCCAGACCGAGGGGCAGCAACGGGCAGAGCGUGAGCUACAAGCAGAAAAGCCGGGCUGGGCGGCCAACGGGAGGCUCGGGGGACAGCAGCGGGGGCAGCAGUGGUGGGGAAGGGGGCUCCCCGAGGAAAAGGAGCAAGGGCAGGACCCAGACUGCGAUUGGGGGGAGGCAGAGUGCCAGCAUCCAGGAGCUAGCCACUGCUCAAGGAACUGCCAAGGCAGGCACACCAGACAGCAUUAGUGGGGAGAGUGACGCCCAGGCAGGAGAGAGCACCAAGGAGGGGAAGCAGCGCUCUUCCAAGAAGAGCUCCAAGAAAGGCAAGGCACGAAGUUCCUCUUCCUCAUCAGAUUCCAGUCCAGAGCCCACCAGCCGGAAGGCUGGGUCUCGUCGUGCAGAGGACCAUCCAGCUGUGGUGAGACUAAAGCGUUAUAUUCGGGCUUGUGGUGCCCAUCGAAACUACAAGAAGCUGCUGGGCUCCUGUCGCUCCCACAAGGAGCGCCUGAGUGUCCUCAGGGCUGAGCUGGAGGCGCUGGGCAUGAAGGGCAGUCCUUCCUUGGAGAAGUGUCGGGCCCUGAAGGAGCAGCGAGAAGAGGCAGCUGAGGUGGCUUCCUUGGAUGUUGCCAAUAUCAUCAGCAGUUCAGGCAGAUCACGAAGAAGUAAUGCCUGGAACCCUUCAGGGGAAGGAAUCCCCCCAGGGGAGCUUUAUCGCCGAACCCUGGACUCAGAAGGGGAGCGACCACGCCAAGCACCUCCAGACUGGUCCCAUAUGCGGGGCAUCAUCAGCAGUGAUGGUGAGAGCAGCUGAGCUCCACACCCAAGAUGGACCUUGCCCUGUUAGACAGACAGACAGCCCGUGGCCCUGAAGCAGCUUCUGAAGAGAGCUAAGUUGUUGGCACAGUACUCAGUUUCUUGUUCUCUAAGGUUGUUUUGGGGUUGGUGUUUUGCUUUUAGAGUCAAUAAAGUAAUGUUUGUAAUUA